CGACGAGGGACCCAAGCGUAAACUCGGUUAGUACAAUAGUUGGGUAUUAAUUGUAGAGUUUCAAUAAUGUCGGACCAACAAUGUGAAAAAGAUGCAGGCAUGAGUGAAAACACGUUCCCGGUGUACAAGGUGGAUGCCAUUGUGCAGUUCUACCGAACCGAAGUUUUGACUGGACAAGAGGCGAAGCAUUUUACCAAGAAUGAUAUUACUCCCAAUCCAAAGGCAGAAUCCAUUCAAAGACUCUACAUGAGGGUUUUGCAGCUUCUUUUUCGUUUCAGGCCUGAGUGCCAUUACACGGUGCCCUUUUCUGAAAACGUCCAGUACCCCAUGCUGUAUGAGUGGGUGACUCCAAUCAUGAGCGUUUACAUGCGCAUGUGCCAGUUCUUGCCGGUUUGUCAUGUGUAUGAUUUUUCCCUGAAUGACUUGCUGAACCCCAAGAGCAAGCGAACAAUCACUAUACUGAGCGCAAUCCAAAAUUUCCUGCACUUCAGAAAGCAGAGGCUGGAAAUGACUGCUGCCCACCAGCAAAGUUUUCGGUCUGAUAUGGACAGACUCCAGGCAUACACAAGAGAAAUAAAGGAAGCUGAGAAAAAGAUUGAGAAACUGACCACCAUACCGCCAGAGCAGCAAGUAGAGGCUAAAGAACUGGCGGCCGUUCUGGCAGAGCUGACAACUAACACGCAGCAUGAAUAUCAGGAUGUGAGCGCAAUGAAUGAAAAGGUUGCUCAGUGCAAGACUGAAAUUGCUGAGAUAUCACAGAAACUGACUCAAAGGAAAGUGGAUGUGGCGACACUGAAGGACAAGAUAGCCAAGCUCAAGUCUCAAAUUGUGGAAUCGCCUGAAGAACUAAAAAAUGAGAUGGAAAGGAUGAAAGAGAAUGUGAAGAGCAUUAGGAUGUCCAAAGAGCUGGCUGAUGAAAGGUUGGUGGAGCUACAGAUGCUGGUGCAGUGUGCAAGUCAGGUGGAGGCAGAAAUCCAGGUCUUGCUCAAACAGCUGCAGGACUUACAGAGCACCAUGUGCAAGACUAACCAGCAAAAAGAGGAGGUCCAGAGCUUAGCAGCCAUGAAUGAAACCUUGCAAAAAGAGCUGAAGAGCCUGAGCAAUGAAGAGGCUCAGAUGAAGAGGGCACUUGCCAUGAAGCUCGACAAGGAGUCUAAACAACAGAUUCGUCGACAGAAGAAAAAAGAGGUGAAAGAUCAGGAAGUCAAAAAUAUUUAUGGGCAAUAUGACAAAAUCCACCAGAAACGGGAGGAAAUUGUGAAAAUGAUAGAAGAAAGCAACCGUGAAACUAAACAGUUCAAGGAAAAGAUGCAGAAGCUUAGAGAAAAGUGCAACCAGCAAACUCAAAAAGCCCAGGAGUUCUAUGAACGUCUUCUCACAACUUUGGAGCAGUACAACAAGCGGAUUGAGAGCAUUGUGGUGGAGACCAAUGCAGACACCUUAAAAAUGAAAUCACAUUUCUAGAAUUUCUAUUUUAUACACUUUACUGUUAUUUUUAAAUCCAUGCAUUUGUUCAG